AUGUCCAACUGUUCCUCUGACGAAGAGUUUGAAAAGCUCGAGCCCACCUUGCAAAAUGUUUUAGAUCAGAAAUCUUUGCAUUGGAUUUUUGUGGGCGGAAAGGGUGGUGUCGGUAAAACGACAACCUCCUGUUCCCUGGCUGUGCAGCUGAGCAAAGUGCGAGAAUCCGUUUUGUUGAUAUCCACCGAUCCGGCACAUAAUUUGAGCGACGCCUUCGGGCAAAAGUUUAGCAAGGAGGCUACAUUGGUGGAUGGGUUUACAAAUUUGUUCGCCAUGGAAAUCGAUCCGACCUCAUCAAUUCAAGAGAUGUUGGCUCAAAACGACCAGCAUGUCAUGGGAUCCAUGAUGCAAGAUCUCGCAUUUUCCAUCCCGGGUGUUGACGAAGCGAUGGGAUUUGCGGAAGUCAUGAAGCAAGUAAAAACGAUGGAAUACUCGGUGAUCAUCUUUGACACAGCACCCACUGGACAUACCUUACGAUUUCUGAGCUUUCCCGGUGUGUUGGAAAAGGCAUUGGAAAAGAUUUCGCAAUUGAGCGGACGGUUUGGGCCAAUGUUUCAACAAAUGUCCGGAAUGAUGGGCCUCAACGCCAAUCAGGAAGACAUGUUCGGAAAACUUGAGGGAAUGCGAGCUAUUAUCACGGAAGUUAAUAAUCAAUUUAAGGAUCCUGACAAGACGACGUUCAUCUGCGUUUGCAUUCCCGAGUUCUUGUCUCUUUUCGAGACGGAACGUAUGAUUCAAGAGUUGACCUCAUAUCACAUUGACACUCACAACAUCGUGGUAAAUCAACUACUGUUCCCACAAAAAGGUUCAAAUUGCGAGCACUGCUGUGUAAGAUAUAAGAUGCAGCAAAAAUACCUAGAUCAAAUUUACGAUCUUUACGAAGAUUUCCACAUCGUGCUGAUGCCACUUUUGACAAAAGAGAUACGCAAGACGGAAGACAUCAAGGAAUUCUCGAAAAUGUUGAUCGAACCAUAUGUACCACUAGAUCACGAAUCGAUGGAUGAUAGUCAAUGA